ACAUUGCCUGCAGGUGUGCGCACGCACAGUUUUAUAAAUGAGACCCCACACCUGUUCCCCCAUCUUCAUCAAGAGCGUCGUCUAGACGUGGUUGGUGCUCUUUUUGUGAAGAUAGCUUUUCAUCUGUCUUCAUCCUUAAACUUCCUACCUCAUCCCUUCUCUUUCUGGAUUAUUCUCUCCAUCUACCUCAGCAUUUCCUCUCUUUUCCUCGUUCCUCUCUUCUCCAUCCUGCCGUAUAGUAGGACACUCAGCUCUCCUCUGCUACUAUGUGGUGGUGGCUGCUUGGCGUUUUGAGCUGCGUGCUGCUGCUGGGGGUCGUCAUCUUCUUCCUGACCACCGGGCAGCGCUACAAGGUGUUCAGCGAGAAGUGCCUGAGGCCACCGGGGCCCCUGGUCACCGACAGCAGGCAGAGGGACGAAAGGCUGAAGAGAGGGUUUCGUGUGGACCGUGUUCCCCGUGCUCUGGAUGCCGUGGUGAUUGGCAGCGGUGUGGGAGGUUUGACGGCAGCGGCGAUUUUGUCUAAAGCCGGGAAGAGGGUUGUAGUUCUGGAGCAACACGACCAGGCUGGAGGCUGCACACACACCUUUCAGAAUAAGGGAUUUGAGUUUGAUGUGGGUAUCCAUUACCUGGGCCAGCUUCAUGAGGGCAGCCUGCUGAAGGUUGCUCUGGAUCAGAUCACAGAGGGACAGCUGCAGUUCACACGGCUGGAGCAGCACUUUGACACGCUGAUCCUGGGUCAGCCUGACCAGCGCAGGGAGUACCAUAUCCAUGCCGGGAAGACGGAGAUGGCGGCUAGCCUGAAGAAGCAGUUCCCAGGAGAGGAGGAAGCCAUUGAUGAGUUCAUGAGACUGAUGAAGCUAGCCUCACGGCGGACGCCACUUAUCGCCACCUUGAAGAUUAUACCUUACUGGCUGUCUAACUUCCUGAUUCGAACCGGCCUGUUGGAUCGCAUCUCUUCGGUGUUCCGCCUAGCGGCAACCAACCAUUCAGAAAUGAUGAACCGCCUCACAAAGAACAAGGACCUGCAGGCACUGUCUGCCUACCUGUUCUACGGUGUCCCUCCUAAAGACUCCAGCUUCCUCAUCAACGCUCUCCUUCUUCAACACUACAAGCGUGGCGCGUACUACCCGCGGGGAGGUUCCAGCGAGUUCGCCUUUCACAUCAUCCCUGUGAUUCAGCAGGGGGGCGGCACUGUGCUGGUCAGAGCUCCUGUCCAACGCGUCCUGCUCAACCAUCAAGGGAAGGCCUAUGGAGUGACGGUGCUUAAAGGACAAGAAGAGAUCGAGGUCCACGCCCCUGUCAUAAUUUCCAACGCUGGAAUCUUCAACACCUUCCAGAAGUUUCUGCCUCAGACCGUACAGGACAAACCAGAGAUCCAGUCACUGUUAGGUCUGGUGCGUCAUGGUAUGGGUUCCUUCUUGGUCUUUGUUGGUCUGGAUGGAACCAAAGAGGAGCUGGGCAUCCCUUCCACCAACUUCUGGAUGUAUAAAGACAAUGACUUGGACUCACUUAUGGAGCGUUACUCUUCUCUGAGCAGAGAGCAGGUAUUGGGGAACAUUCCCAUGAUGUUCAUCACCUCCCCAUCCGCUAAAGAUCCUACAGCCAACAUCAGACAUCCAGGUAAGUCCUGUAUGACUCUGCUAACCAUGGCUCGCUACGAGUGGUUCGAGGAAUGGGAGGGGACCAAGCUCGGCAAGAGGGGACAGAACUACCUGGAUAUGAAAAACGGCAUGGCUCAAGAGCUGCUGGAAUGGGCGCUAACAAUCUUCCCUCAACUGCGAGACAAGGUGGUGAUGGUGGACGCUGCCACUCCUCUAACUAAUGUCCACUAUUUGGGUGCUCCGAGAGGUGAGAUGUACGGUGCUGAACACAACCUGGAGCGCUUCACCCCGGACACAGUCGCUAGGACGCGACCACAGACACCGAUCGAUGGGCUCUACCUAACAGGUCAGGACGUAUUCUGUAACGGCAUGGCUGGGGCACUGCACGGUGGACUGCUCUGUGCCUCGGCCGUCCUCAACCAGAUCCUCUACAUUGACCUUCUAGCCCUGAAGACCCGCAUCAAAAACAAACAGACCAAUCAUAGGACGAGCUGGUAGCGACAGGGCUAGCGGAGGGUAAACACCGCCAUUAACCCAGCCCCGACCCACAGCUUUUACACACACUUUAAGGCAAGGCGAGGCAGUUUUAUAGCACAUUUCAAACACAUCUGAGUGUGCUCAAGCUGGGCUCUUUAAUUCACACAGGUUCUAUUGUACAUUUUAGGGUAACUUUUUUUUAGCUCUCUGUUUAACACUGCAUCCUCAUGUUAGAACCACUGUAUCCUGUUAACAACAACCCACCACCCACCACCAUUCGUGCGAUGCAGGAUUUAAAACAAGCUAACCCUCAAACUAACGCUGGCUAGAGCCGCUUACACGGAGCAGCCAGAUGAAGCACAAUU